UUUUCCAGACUACCUGUGGAUAUAUAUCAAACAGCAAAAGUAUCUAAAAUACUGUUAAUGAUGGAUAAGGGUACUCUUCCAGCAGAGUAUAAAGGAAAGUCCCUGUCUGAAAUAAACUUGAAUGUUGAUGCAGAACUAGUUGAGGAGAACGAGGUUGAAGAGCUUGAUUCAACCACGAAAUAUGCUUCGGUAUCUUCAGCUUUUCGCGGAGGUUUCAAAAAUCAAUCACAAGAAACAAUGAAGACGAACAAAAAUCACAGUGAUGAUGGAGUUGAUAAGAUGGAGGAAGACGGUAUAAUAUUGAAACGAAGUGAACAUAAGAAAGGAGAUGUAGAGAAGAGUCAUGAUGGAGAGUUAAGGAGUACUGCUUGCAGGAAAGCUUGGACAGAUGAGGAAAUUGAAGUACUCAAACGAGAAUUUGGUGACUAUAUCAAGAAAAAUAUAUAUCCAUCAGGGGCAGAAAUAAAAGAAUUUAUGGAAAAAUGGCGACUGAACAGAAGCGUAAAAAUAAUCAAAUCCAAAAUUCAACAUCUAAUUAAAUUGAGCAACAAAGUUUAUUAA